GUGGAGGUGGAGGUGGAGGUGGAGGAGGAAGAGGGGCGCAGCUUCCCGUGUGGCUUCAGCCUGUCAGCGACCAUGGUGCCAAAUGGCUUCCGAAGGACAGUUUGCUGCACCAGCACAUGUGUUGCGCUCUGAAGGUCUUUUGCAAAAUAUAGUGCCUGAUACUGCUCGCAUUGGUGUUGAUGAUAUGCCCAAUGCUAUUUGAUGUCAGACAGUAUAUUGCCUUUUUUUUAUUUGUUGCUGUAAACACUCUUUUAUAGGGUCCGCCAUGUUCUGGACAAGGGAUUGAAGCUUGUUUGACCACUGGCCACCUAAGUGAGACAGACUGCAGUGGGCCAACUUCUCGACAGAGUGAGAUUUCUUUGGCUGAAAUGUCACCGGUGUUGCUCUCGGGUGAAAUUCCGCAAACUGAAAGUAUGUGUGAGGAGGCCGAGUCUCCGUGCAGCGCAGACAGCCUUUCGAGCUUCUCAGUUAGCUCUCCGGGGAGCUCAGAGUGCGAAGAGAAGGACAUUCAGAGCGAAGGAGAGCAGCCUGGCUCUCCUACUGAACAUGUUUCUGAUGCACCAUCAGCAUUCAGCGUCAAGGGUUUUGACUUGACUACUCAAAUUUGCAAAUGUACAACAACGACCGUAGCGGAAGUGCUUGUUCUUCUGCUGUCAUUUCUUGCAAAGCACCGGCCUACUGUGUCAGCCUUGGUUGACAUCCUGCAGCUCUUCAAUGUCGUGUUCCAGAAGGACAUCCUGCCUAGUACAAAGUACCUGUUCAACAAAGCAUUUUCCAGUCCCUCCCUCAUGAUGCAGUAUCACAUGUACUGUGAGUAUUGUCUAGGAUAUGUUGGCAUCCGAGAGCAGCUACGUUUGCAACAGUCAACAUGUCCACAUUGCCACCAGAAAUUUUCAGUGACAACUUCACCCUACUUUCUCAUGUUACCCCUUGCACCACAACUAAAGUUCAUGUUGGAAAAUCAACCAGGGUUGGUCCAGGAACUUCAAUACAGGAAUGAAAAGAAACACAAAAAUAUAUCCUGUCUUGAAGACAUCUUUGAUGGCACUCUGUAUCAGGAACUUUCCAAACCUGGUGGCCUCUUGUCUUUCUGUAACAAUUUUUCAUUUUCUUUUAACACUGAUGGAGCUCCAGUGUUCAAAUCUUCCCGUGCCUCUGUGUGGCCUAUUCAUAUCAUGCUAAAUGAACUACCACCAGUGUCCAGGGAAAAGAAUUUGCUGCUGGCAGGCUUGUGGUAUGGUAAGGGGGAACCAAACAUAGAUAUGUUUCUGAAGUCGUUUGUCGAUGAUGCAAAGCAUCUGGCUACAAUAGGAGUUACAUGGAAGCAUGUUGAUGGUACCCUUAUUAAUAGUAAAUUCGUUGCAACCUGUUGCUGCGUAGACAGCGUUGCUCGUCCUGCGAUGCAAAAGUUAAUGCAGUUCAAUGGCUAUUAUUCUUGUGGGUGGUGUUACCACCCUGGUGAGAACAGUGUGUAUGCUCUGCUCAAGGACUCUGUGACGCAUACAGAUGUGAAUAAUGCCGACCUUAUGUUGACCGAGUUUGUUUGUGGGAUGCAAGAGUUGUACACGAAAACGUCAAUGACAUAUAACGUCCAUCUUCUCACUCAUCUGCCGAAAAGCCAAAAGGGACACGAAAAGUACCUCUGCAAAUAG